AUGGGGAAAGGUGGCGACAGUAGCGGGGGCCGCGCAAACGGCUCGGCUGCCACGGCGCCUCAGGAGUCGUUUUUCGGCGAUCUCAAGAAGGGCGUGAGGGGGGUGAAGCAGGACCUCGAGGUCCUGAAGAACAUCUGGUUCAAGUCCCUGAAGGCAGACGUGGACCAUGCCGCGCGUCUCGAAGGAUUCUACAGCGGCCAAGCUGCGCAAUACGACAAGUUCCGGGAGCACUUUUUGUGGGGCCGACGCCCUAUGCUGGCGGCCACUGCUGCGCGGCUGAGGGAGACGGGGCGCAAGGACCUGGUCUGGGUGGACCUUGGCGGCGGGACGGGUCGCAACGUGGAGAUGAUGGCGGACUACAUCGACCUGAAGCACUUCAAGAAGAUCUACGUGGUGGACCUCUGCGGGUCGCUUUGUCGCCAGGCGGAGGAGAAGGUGGCGGCGCACAAGUGGAGGAAUGUGGAGGUCGUCGAGGCGGACGCGUGCACCUUCAAGCCCGCAGUCAAGGCGGACCUGGUCACGUUCUCCUACUCCCUCACGAUGAUCCCGCCGUUCCUCUCGGCCGUGGACAACGCCAUCGACAUGAUGGCUGAUGACGCCAUCCUCGGUGUGGCGGACUUCUUCGUGUCGGGCAAGUACGACUCGCCGCUCAGGCGGAUGUCGUGGAUCCGGCGGUUCUUCUGGCGGGCGACGUUCGACACCGACAACAUCGACAUCGGUCCCGAACGGCGUGCGUACCUCGAGCACCGCCUCCAGCGCGUCAUGGAGGUCAACAGCCAGGGUUCGAUCCCGUACGUGCCGUACCUGAGGGCGCCGUGGUACGUUUGGGUGGGACAGAAGGGCAAGCCGGGCGUCGACGUCGACCUCGAGAACGAGCUCCACCACGAAGCGCCCCCGCGGUUCCCGCCCACGUUCCUGUACACGCAGUCCUGGGAGGACCCGCGCCCCGACAUGGAGGUCCUGAAGAUCAACUCCGAUGACGUUGUCCUCACGCUCACGUCGGGUGGCUGCAAUGCGCUGAACUUGUGCCUGCAAGGCGCGCGGGAGGUCGUCACCGUCGACUGCAACCCCGCCCAGUCGGCGCUCGUCGAGAUCAAGAAGGCGGCGAUCGAGCACGGGUCGUACGAGGACGCGUGGAAGCUGUUCGGGGAGGGCAAGCACGAGGACAUCGAGAGGCUGUACGAGCGCGAGCUGGCGCCGUGGCUGUCGGAGAACUCCCUCAAGUUCUGGAACUCGCGCCUGCACUACUUCCGCGGGGGGCUGUACUACCAGGGGGGCAUGGGGAUGGUGGUGUGGGCCAUGGCUGUGCUGUGCCGCAUCUUCUUCCUAACCAAGACGCUGGACAAGUUCGUGCACGCCCCGACGCUCGAGGAGCAGCGGAAGGUCUGGCUGGGCUGCUGGGCGGUGCGAUUGUUCCUGCACGCGCCGGCUUUCUUGAAAUGGAUCCUGUCGUCGCUGUGCGGGAUCCUCUUCCUGAACCGCUUCGUCAUGUGGUUCGGCGGCGGCGUGCCUCUGAAGCAGCUCGAGCUCAUUGAGAAGGACGGCGUCCACAUCACCGAGUACGUUGGGCGCACGUUCCACAGUGCGGCGAUGAACACCCACGUCCGCAACGACAACUACUUCUACUACAACUGCCUCACCGGCCGGUUUUCGAAGGAGUGCUGUCCGUCGUUCCUCACGCAGCACGGGUUCCAGGAGCUGAAGAACGGGAAGAUCAAGAACCUGACGGUCGCGAACAACUUCUUCGUGCCCGAGCUGGCGAAGAGGAAGUACAGCAAGGUCAUUAUGAUGGACCACGCGGACUGGCUCCCCGUGGAGUCCUGCGAGGAGCUCGCGCAGACUCUCGGGAAGCAGGUCGUCAAGGGCGGUGUCGUGAUCUGGCGGUCAGCGUCGUACGAGCCGCCGUACGCCAAGCUCGUCGAGAAGGCAGGGUUCAAGGUCAAGUGCAUCAGCCGGGCGGACAAGGUGGACUGCAUGGAUCGAGUCAACAUGUACGCGUCCUUCUGGUCAGCAACGAAGCUGUAG